CUUUCGUUGUCUGCUGACCUAAAGGUCACAACGUUACAGGUGUGUCAGAGCUCCUGUUCAUAACAGGCCUCAUUAGAAUGGAAAAACACCACGGUGUUGCAUAUAUAAGUCUUCAGUCGACGGGCUGAGGAUAACUGAGAGAACCUCAUCGACCGCAAACAUGGGCAAGAUUGUCUUCUACGAGGAGAAGAACUUUGGAGGUCGUCACCAUGAGUGCAUGAGCGACUGCUCCGACCUACAAUCCUUGUUCGACCGCUGUCGCUCCAUCAGGGUGGAGAACGGCAUGUUCAUGAUCUACGACCGUCCAGGAUACGCUGGGACCCCCUUCUUCAUGAGGAGGGGCGAGUACUCUGACAUCAUGGGCAUGAGCGGCAUGAAGGACUGCGUCAGGUCCUGUCGCAUGAUCCCGAUGCACAGGGGAAACUUCAGGAUCCGACUGUACGAGAACCAGGACAUGAGAGGUGAGAUGAAGGAGCUGACGGAGGACUGCCCAAACCUGACGGAUCGUAUCCACCACACCAACUCCUGUGAAGUGGUGGACGGACACUGGCUGAUGUUCGAGCAGCCCAACUACAGAGGGCGUCAGUUCUAUCUGAGACCGGGCCAGUACCGCAGCUACAGCGAGUGGAACGGCAGCACCCCGAGGGUGGGCUCCAUCCGACGCCUCAUGGAUCUCUAAAGACGCACGGAUGGUUCUCGUCAAAUGUCUGCUCUUUGCCGUGUUUCACACAUUGAAUAAAAUGGCGACGGGGCUCAAGUGUAUUCCGUUUUGUUCUUGCUCUCUGCAUCUGGACGGCUUGUUCCCAAGC